GCUGACAUGGAACGUAUAUGUUUGAUUCUUUUGCUGUUAUCUAAAUUAUUAAUAGUUAAAGCACAGUUCAAUGGAUACAACUGUGAUGCCAACUUCCAUAGCCGUUUUCCUGCUGAGCGGGACAUCAGCGUGUACUGCGGUGUACAAACCAUCACUCUGAAGAUUAACUUCUGCCCGGUGCUUUUCUCUGGCUACACUGACACUGACUUGGCCCUAAACGGUCGCCAUGGUGAUGCCCAUUGCCGAGGGUUCAUUAACAACAACACCUUCCCUACAGUGGUGUUGUUCAGCAUCAGCCUUAGCACAUUGGAGGCCUGUGGCAACUUGCUAGUGGUAUCCAAAGCUCAGGGUCCCAAUGCAUAUGGGAACCUUUCGCUGGUGCAGAUUGGGAACAUAUCAGGGUACAUCGACACGCCUGACCCUCCUACUGUUAUCAGCUACCUGCCUGGACUCCUCUAUAAGUUCAGCUGCAGCUAUCCACUGGAGUACCUGGUGAACAACACACAACUGGCAUCGUCUGCCGCAGCGAUUUCUGUAAAGGACAGCAAUGGUACAUUUGUAAGCACACUGAACUUACUGCUGUACAAUGACUCCACAUACGUCCAGCACCUGGCCAUCCCAAUGGAAGGCCUCACUCUGAAAACUCGUGUGUUUGCUGCGGUCAAAGCCACAAACUUGGACAGGAGGUGGAAUGUGCUGAUGGAUUACUGUUACACCACUCCAUCUGGGAAUCCUAAUGACAAGCUCCGAUACGAUCUUUUCGUUGGGUGUGACAAGGACCCUCAGACGACAGUGUUUGAAAAUGGAAAGAGUCAGAUGGGGCGUUUCUCCUUCGAGGUAUUCCGCUUCGUCAAGCACAAGAAUCAGAAGAUGUCCACUGUCUUCCUGCAUUGUGUGACCAAGCUGUGCCGCUCAGACGACUGCCCCAUGCUUGUGCCGAUUUGUGGAAUGCGUAAGAAACGGGAUGUUCCAGAGAGUGCGGAGUCUCAUGCAGUAUCUGGGAAUGCUGUUAUAACUGCAGGACCCAUCAUCACUAGGAGUGAUGAAACUCCAACCAACAACUCUCAGCUGGCUCCACUAAACAGUAGUUCAUUCAAGAUGACCUCAGUAACGAGUGCUCUCAUAUCUGGCAUUAUCAUCUUGGCUGUAAUGAGCAUGUGCUUCUUCAUCUUCUCUCUGACGCUCCUGAAGGGGAAACGUCCACCUCCAACACCACUGUCUGCAGCCCACAAUCCUGCUUUUAGCUAAACACACACACACACACACACACACCAGCUUACUGGUGCAUUAUGUAGAAAUACUGCAUUUAAGUUGGUUAAUAUGAUGAAUUUGAAAACAUAUGUCUCAUUUGGAAAAUUACUCCUGAUAGUUUUGUUAGGAAAUGACACUAUCUAUUGUCAUAAACAUUAUACAGAGAUUAUACAGAAUAUAUAAUAUUAUAACCAACAUAAACAAUGCACUUCCAACAGCCACAUACUGUAGCUACAAAUGCAUACAGUUGGGACAAAAUUUCACCCCAUAGAGCAAUCCAAUCAAAUAUCUCCCCAGGUGAGACAUUUCCACCACUAUUAGGAUACACAUCUACCUAUAAAUGUAGUGUAGGUAGUAAAGAAUUAAGUGUAGUACACAAUUCCAGUGAAAAAGGACAUUUCAGACAAAUGUCCUUCAUCAGCUGUGCAAGCGAUGUGCACUGCAGUUGUGUCCUGGAUUCUGUCAAUGAAACUAGACAUAUUCAGUUGUAUAACGCAUUCUGAAAUAGAGAAUAGGUUCGAAUGAUACGUAUCAUAUUUGUUGUAGAUUUGUUUCAAUCAGUAAGCAAACCUACAGCUCUGUUUAUACAUGUAUUUAAAGUAACAGCGUGGAUCCAAAUCUGUGAGAGUAAAUCUUAACUUAAAGUCAAUACCUCAGUCUCUCACCAUCUGAUUGCAGGGUGUAGGAUCUAUUACAUUUACGUACAUAGAAACAGGUAUAUUUUACACUUCAUUUAUCACAUUGUGCCACAACUAUUAGGCUGCAAUAAAGUCAAGGUGCAAGAUACGAGGAAGAGGGACGAGAGACUGGGUAUAACACAUUAUGAAGGAGACUUGCAGCCUGAUUGAUG